CGGUCCUUCGCCCGGGCAGUGAUCAAGGCUGGAGCUGAGAUAUCGAAGACAAACCACGCCGAGACCAGCCAAGUAAGAGGCGAACAAACGGACGACCAUGUUCCUCCUUGAGCUCCUCCCGGCUCUCCGGGAUCACCUGGCCACGAACCCAAUCCAGACUGUCCUCGCCGCACUCCUCCUCACCUUCAUCUCAUAUGUGGUCGUAAAUGAGGUCGUCCGCUAUCAGGCCCGUGUUCCGGGCAUGUCCGGCCCGCCCGGGCUGCCGCUCAUCGGGAACUUAUGGGCCGUCCGGUCCAAUGCCGCGGCGCAGUAUAAGGAGUGGUCGAAGCGGUAUGGCGAUGUGUACCAGGUGCAGAUGGGCAAUGUGCCCGUCGUGGUCGUGAACAGUGCCAAGGCCACGAAGCAUCUCUGGGUGGGCCAGAGUCAGGCGCUGAGUUCGAGGCCUGUGACUUACACGUUUCAUAAGGUGGCCUCCAGCACGGCUGGUCUGACCAUCGGCACCUCACCAUACGAUGACUCUUUGAAGCGCCGCAAGAAGGGCGUCGCCGUCGCCGUCAACCGGCCCGCCAUCGCAAGCUACGUGCCCUACCUCGACGUCGAGUCCCGAACCUUCGUGCGCGACCUUCUCGUGUACGGCGAAGCAGGCAAGAAGCCAAUCGACCCGCUGCCAUUCAUCCAGCGACUGUCCCUGAGCCUGGCGGUGACCAUCAACUGGGGUGUCCGCAUCCCGACGGUCGAGGACCCCAUGUUCCGCGAGAUCGUCGCCGUCGAGGAGGAGCUCAACCGCUUCCGCAGCACCACGGGCAACCUGCAGGACUACAUCCCCCUGAUGCGGCUCAACCCCAUCAACACGGCGAGCGCCCUGGCCCGCGAGAUGCGCGACCGCCGCGACGCCUACCUCCACCGCUUCAACUCGGACCUCAAGGCCAAGGUCGAGAAGGGCACCAACAAGCCGUGCAUCCAGGCCAACGUCAUCACGUACAAGGAGGCCGCCCUCAACGAGACGGAGCUGACGUCCAUCAGCCUCAGCAUGCUGGGCGGCGGCUUCGAGACCGUCAGCACGACCGUGCAGUGGAGCGUGGGCUACUUCGCGCAGCACCCCGAGGUCCAGGACAGGGCGUUCGCGGCCAUCAGGGAGUUCCAGGGCCUCAAGGCGCGCGAGAAGGGCGGCGACGACAGCGACGUCGACCCGCUCCCCGACGCGGCUGAUGAGCAAAAGUGUGCGUAUAUCAAUGCCCUCUCGCGCGAGGCGCUGCGGUACUUUACUGUUGUCCCGCUCAACCUCCCGCGAGAAAGCAUCCGUGAUGUUGAGUAUGAGGGUGUGCGCAUCCCCAAGGGCACGACGGUCUACAUGAAUGCGUGGGCGUGCAACUACGACCCAGAACUAUGGGAGGACCCCGAGGUGUUCCGGCCGGAGCGUUGGCUGGAGAAGCCGGACGCGCCGCUCUUCACCUUUGGGCUGGGGUACAGGAUGUGCGCGGGCCACCUGCUCGCCGCCAGGGAGGUGUACCUCAUCUUCAUGAGGCUGCUGGCCAGCUUCAGGCUCGAGCAGCCACCGGGGGUGAAGCGCGCCGACGUCGACCCGGCGAGCGGGUUCAAGAACCCGCGGGACCUCAUCAUGGCCCCGAACUCGUACGAGGUGCUGUGCGUGCCCAGGGACGAGACCAGGCUGAAGGCGGUGCUCGCUGAGGCUGAGGCUGAGGCAGAUAUUUAAGCAUGGGGUGAAAUGAAUAGGAAGAUGGCAGGUAGUGCCUGUUCUUCUGUACGGUGCCUCGUUGAGCUGGCAAGCCAGCCAGCUAUUCCAGAAUUAUUGCAGCCGGGCCGGAUACCGGAGAUUGUAGUCACUAGACAAGACGUUGGGGGCAGUCCACUUGUUGCAUCGAUCAUCGUUGUUCUAGCGCAUCCCUACUAGCAUGAAUUCAAAAUGUAGGUCCAGUCUCAUAAGACGGUCAUGGCUGGGGUUCGCUGUAAUAACUUCGUGGUAGGGGUACCUUGGUAUGUACGAAAAUUGGAACCUGGUGCCUGAUAGUGAAUCAGCAAGGAGGCCCGGGGGUUGGACGAACCAGACGAUUUUUUUUAGC